AGUAAUUGUAGAAACAGAGCAUAGGCUGUAAACAAUUGCUUUGAAAGACAAAAAUUGAUGAAACUAUUGUCGUGUCACACCUUUAUUACUUCGUCAUUCUUUAGAUGAAUAGUUUUUAUAGUUAUGUACCUACAGUGUAAAGAAACAAUGGUAUAGUUAAUAAGAAUUGUAAAAAUUUUCAGUAAAAGAUAAAAAAAUCCUUUACCUCCUUUCAAAUAACCCAGUUCUUUAACAGUUAUUCACUUUAGCCUUUGCUCGAUCAGAAGAAAAUCGAUAAACAUUUAGAUCCUUUUAAUCAUUUGUAACGACCUAGUUGACCGUCCUCGAAAUUUGUGGUUAAAUAACUGGGAGCUGUCUAUUAAAGUAUUGAUUCGGCAAAUGAAAGAUGCAAACAUCGAAAACCUUUUAACAAUUUUAAAUCAAAACAAAAAUUUGAGGACAGCUUUGGAAGCACCAACGAGUUUUAAAAGGUACUUCAAUUUGGACAAGAAGUUUUUUACUCGACGCGUUCUUCACCUAAUUUUAAAGUAGGUUUAACUGGGAUUUGGCAAAAACAAAGAAAUCGUUGUUUUUGGCGCAGAGGGCGUAACUGGACCUUCACAAACAAACGGAGGAACUGUAUAGUGGAGUACGUAACAGUACUGAAGACUUGGUUCUUGUAGCGUAGCGGGGCGGAACAGAACUCUAGCAAACACGCGGAACUACUGUUCGUCUCAGUUAUUGCAUGUCUUUGAACAGGUAGCUGUUUAAUAAGUUCACGAUCGCGAAUUCAUUCAUUACAUCCUUAAGACUACUAUCGACUUUUCACACGCAUUGGUUAGAGCGUUGUUCAGUUUGAGCUGUUGAUUGACUACUGCCACUGUCUAGUGAGGAACUAUCCGGUGUAGUGUUUAGUGAUAGAAAAUGCAAGACAUUGAAAGGCAUUUUCAAACUAGGAUUACUACGUUAUUUGUGCUUUUAAUACAAAUUGUAUUCACAUCAACGCAAGACUAUGAGGUGACAGAAAUUCAGUGCACAUUCGCCAGCGGCAAUAGCAUAGGCACUCGAGACUCAAUCAUAGCGAAAUUAAGAAAACCCGACGGCUUUAAAGGAAAUCCUCUCUUCGCAGACGACCGAGGAGUUGACCCGGAAACAGACCACGUCUGCCAGAUAAAACCUGAUCUCACAGAUCCCACUGGCUUAAAGUAUAAUCUCAAAAUCACAGAUUUUAGCAGAUGUGGUGUUCUGAAACGUAACGGAUUUGUCCAUGUUAGGGUAUGGUUUCCCCAGUUUGCCGGUGUGGUGAUGCAAUCGGAUCAAGAACUUAUUAUUAUGUGCAAGCCGCCGGAACCAACUGUUAUUGAAAACAAGGCAGCUGGUUUUGCUGGUAGUUUUCCUCACGGAGCACGAGUGUCAGGAGUAGUAGAAGAAACUCCUGGUCGUCUGGAAUACGAAGUAGCUCUAUACAAAGAAGCUCCAGCCAGAGUUAGCAAUGCAACAAAUAAUGAACUUCCAGUAGAUCAAGCAGUACCUAUUGGAACUAAGCUUCAACUACGAGCCCGCAUCAGUCCUGAAUCUGCUUGGAAGUAUGUCAAGUUGAUGGAGGUGACCGUCAGUCCAGACCCUGAUGACCCGCAUAUGAUUGGAAGUGUUGCACUCGUCAAAGAUGGCUGUCGCAACCGCGACUUCGCCUCGAUCAUCCCCCACCAGCCAGCCCGUUAUCGCGAACGCCACAACGAAGUUUUCCUCGACUUCGAAGCCUUCCUCCUUAGCACGAUGAAAGAACGCUCGACUCUCUGGAUCCACUCCCAAAUAAAAGCUUGCAUGGAUCCAGCCGACUGUCAACCCGACUUCUGCUUAGACUUAUUCGAACCUUCAGGACACGGACGAAAGCGUCGUGACGUAGAAGCCAUCGAAGCCCCUGAACUCCCCUCAGAUUUGCAAAAGCACAACGCCACCAUCCAGUACACGAAAAUUAAGGAGAAUCUCGAAUACACCGUGUUGAUGCCUGGAGAGUUCUACCAUCGAACCGCAGCAAUGGAAAGCUCGUGUAGUACUUUUUUAGCAGUUGCUGCAAUUUUAGGUUGUUUGUUGUUUCUGUCUGCGUUUGUUAUGUGUUGGUUGGCGUCCAGGUUACACUCGGCGCUCAUAGGGACUGUUAAUACGAGUAAAAAUAUUGACGAGUUGGUAAGGGAGAGUCGACAUUAUUCGGAGUCGGGGUAUACAGGACGAGCCACAACGCAAUGAAAUUUAGAACGGGUUAGCACUUUUUAAUUUAAACCAAAAAACGUAGCGAGUAAGUUCCUAAAGUAACUAGAAUUUCCAGCUCUCAAAUCCUGGAACAAUACAUUUUUAUCAAACAUUUCAGACUGACUUCUAAAGUACAUAAUAACUACUAGUUUUUCAAAAUAUUUAUUAUUUAUUUAUUUAUUUAUACGUAAAUUAUUUAUUAUGAAUAGCUAUUUCAUUUGUAUCUGUUAUGGUAGGAACAAAGUAAUUAAAAAAUCUUUUAAGCACAACUUACACUUUAUAAAUAAUAAUUGUAUGAAAUAUCUUUAAAAGUGUGUGAAUAAAUAAUGUAUUACAAUAUACAGAAUGAACACAAACUUAAAAGUAUGAUUUAAUCUUUCUAAAAUAAGGUAAAAUGCUACAAUUUUUUAAGUUUCUUUUUAUUUUCGAAUUUUACAUUUUAACAACCUACAAUAAAAACUGUACUGUAUUAUUAUCAAUAAAUAAUGUAUAAUUAAAAAAAGAUUAAAAAUAACCGUGUUUUU